GGAAUGUUUCGCCUUCAGCCAUUCUCUUUUCCAAGCGAUCCCACUGAAGGGAACAAGGUCACCGUCAUAUGUGCCUUAGUCACCGGAGGCAUAACGUCGGGAGUCGAGUUCUCGUGGUACAAAGAUGGAAAAGCACUAGCGCUCGACGACCGAGUCAAGAUUCGCUCAUUUCCGGACAUGUCGACGCUGGUGGUGGAUUCUCUGAAGCAAGAGGAUUCGGGAAACUACACUUGCAUGGGAAGGCUCGGAGGCCGCAAGGACUCGCACACGGAACAGCUGAGAGUUCUUGUUCCAGUGAAAUGGCUGCGAGAACCCCACGACAUUACAGUGAAGGAGAGUGAGAACACUACGCUUCGCUGUGAAGCAACAGGCAUACCCAAACCAAGCAUCAAAUGGGAAAGAGAAGGUGUCCUGCUCAGCGCAUCAGGCUCAAAGCUCGAGCUCUCCAAAGCAUCAAAAGGCGAUACGGGGCUUUACAAAUGCACGGCGGAUAACGGACUGCGGGAGCCACUCGCUAAAGAAGUUCGAGUCACCGUUUAUGGCUCUCUACGGCUGCAACCGUUCUCUUUCCCCAGCAAAGUUGUCGUUGGAAAUACAGUUACUAUUACAUGCACGACGAUCAGCAGCACUGCCAAUGUCAACUUUCGGUGGCUCAAAGACGGGAAAGAACUGGCCAAGAACUCCAAGGUGAAGAUCGUGCACCAUUCCCUGUUCAGCACGCUCGUCGUUGGCCCAACUACGACUGAGGACAGUGGAAACUAUACCUGUGUCGGAAACAUGGGCCCGGAGCUGGACAGCCACUCACAGCAACUCAAUAUUUUAGAAAAAAUCGACGUGGUGCCAUUUUACAUAAAGGACAAAGUGAUGCUUGGAGACACGGUGAAAAUUGUCUGCUACACAAGCACAGUGCAAGCACCUUUGUCGUUCAAGUGGAAAAAGGACGGCAAGGUUCUGCUCGCUAAUGAUAAUGUCCAAAUCAAAAUUCAAGCUGAUCUAUCGACGAUAAUUCUUGGACCCGUAGAGGAGUCACACGCAGGAAACUACACCUGUCAAGUCCUGUCACCAACGUCUAGUGGAUCGUACACAGCCCCUCUCGUGAUAUACGCGCCACCUGGCUGGCUUAUAGAACCACGUGACCAGCGCGUUCCGAGGGGCUCGAACCUGACAGUUUCCUGCGUCGCAUCCGGACAACCAGCGCCACAAGCGACGUGGAAGCUUAUCAGUGGGUCCCGAAUGAACUCGCUUAAAACUUCGCCUGACGGAAGACUACAUCUCACAAACAUACAGAAAGAAGACCAAGGCACCUACUCUUGUACUGCAAGCAACGAAGUUGGGAGUCCACUGGAGAAAACCAUAACCAUAUCUGUUACCGAGCCACCAGAAAUUCAGGCUAUGGUGUUUCCAAAGAACCUAAAAGAAGGGGCCAAGUUUCGGGCCCUCUGCUCCGUCACUGGAGCGCCCCCUUUCACUUUCAAAUGGCGUAAGAAUAACCAGAACCUUCCCGAAGACGAUACAGUGUUGACAGAGAACGCUCAAGACUACAGCAGCCUUGUGAUCAAGAAGCUACGCAGAAGUCACACCGGAAAUUACACAUGCACUGCCAUGAACAGAGGCGGAGCUACGCGGUACACAGCGGAACUGAUCGUGAACGCCCCGCCAGCAUGGACUGUCGAGCCAAGCAGCGGCGUGGUCCUACUGGGGGACAAACUGGAAAUCGGAUGCCAGGGCCACGGUUACCCAGAACCAACAGUGGCAUGGGUCAAACGCGGCGUCUCAGGGGGCACCACACUUGUCUCCGGAACCACAAACGGAACGCUGCUCAUACAAAAUGCCACCAAGUCCGACGGCGGGACAUACGUGUGCACUGCAGCGAACAGCUACGGAGAACGACUCGAGAAAGAAAUCGCCGUCAGAGUGAUCGGUAACGCACCAUACAAUCUGAUGCCCGCCCGGUUCGAGGAGAAGUUCAAGGUGCAGACCGUUCGGAGAGGAGAAGCGGCGACCUUGCAGUGCCAAGCAAUCGGGGAUUCACCACUGGAGAUCACUUGGUCCCAAGACAAGAAGCGGCUCAUAUUCGCUCCAGUGACAAGGUACGAAAAGUUCGAGUCGAACACGGAGAACGGCGUGACCUCAGAGUUGGCGAUUCCGACGACAGACAGGAGCGACGCAGCCCUCUACACCUGCGUCGCAAAGAACGAGUACGGCAGCGACGAGAGGAACAUCAAGCUGCUCGUCGUCGAGGUCCCCGCUCAACCGCUGGACCUUCGUAUCCUGGAAGUCUGGAGCCGCAAGGUGAACGUCAUUUGGUCGGAGCCGUACAGCGGGAACAGCCCGAUCAGCAACUACAUCGUCCACUACUGGAGGGACAGGGACGGGGCGCAUCGCCUCAUGGAGCAGACCGUGCCGAGCGGCCAGACUUCGGCCAUGAUCAGCGAGCUUCACCCGGGUGCCUCCUAUUCUCUCACCGUGACCGCCGAGAACGAAGUGGGUCAGGGUCCCCCCUCGGACCCGGUCCGCUUCCUCACCGCCGAAGAAGAGCCCGGCGGAUCACCAACCGACGUCUGGGCAGCUGCCAAGGGACCUACUUCUAUCGCCGUUUCGUGGAAGCCCCCUCCUCGAGACACGUGGAACGGCCUGCUCAAGGGCUACUACGUGGGAUACCGGGCGGCCGAGUCCAGCCAGCCGUACUCGUUCAAGACCGUCGAGACGGUUGUCAACGGAUCCCAGGAAGUCACGCUCGUGGGCCUCACAAAGUCCUCGCGGUACAGUGUGAUAGUCAAGGCCUUCAACGCCAUCGGAAGCGGACCACCCUCUGAAGCCUUGCUCGUCUACACUUUGGAUGGCGAUGUACCAUUCCCUCCCGCGCUGACCCUGAUCUCAAGCACCGACUCGGCCUUCAAGGUUAAGUGGACCCACUCCAAGGCCACUGCUGCUCCCGUAACAGGCUACACGCUGCACUACAAGAAGAACACGGGCCCCUGGCACCACAUCCCGGUCGUGGCUUCGGGUGACACGAGCUACACGCUCACAGACCUGGACGGGGGUGCGACAUACAAGGUGUACCUUACAGCGUCCAACCAGUUCGGACGCGGGUCUGGAAGCGAGGCCAUCAUCAUCAACACCACUAACCAAGGUCAUGACAGGGCCUGGGUCUUCUACAAGGAUCCAUCCCUGCUGGUUCCCGCCGCAUCCUUUCUCAUCGCUGUCCUCGUCGUCAUCACCGUUGUCACCAUCUGCAUCAAAAAGACCAAAGCGCACAAGAAUUUCGAAAAAUCCCUGGAAGCAGAGAAACGCCAGAGCUACGGCGAGGUGACGCAGCAGCAGCAGCGCUACAUCGACGUCACAGAGAAGCGCAACCGCUCCGACUACGCCACCAUCCAGAGCCGGAGGAGCCUCUCCGGCAACUACAAGAUCGAGGAACUGCGCUCGGCGGCACCUAACAGGGGAUACAAUACUACAGACGCACCAAUUCCACCGAAGAUAUCGCCGUUCUCGUUUCCAAACAACGCGACCAUCGGUCAAAGGGGGACGGCGACCUGCACCGCCACGGAAGGGGAUCAGCCGCUCAGCUUCCGCUGGCUGAAGAACGGACGGCGCCUUGACGGCGGGGACGCCACCAUUACAGACAACGCCGACUUCUCCGUGCUCAAGAUACAAUCGCUGGACGUGGACAGCUCCGGGAACUACACGUGCGUCGUGACUAACCUGGUUGGCUCCGUGUCCCAAUCUGCCACGCUCGUCGUUCACGCGCCUCCGCGAUGGAUUCAAGAGCCGACGAGCGCCGUCGCCACAUCCGGCGAGACAAUAUGGAUUCCGUGCAGAGCCUCGGGCAGCCCACCACCAACGAUCACCUGGACGAAAGCAGGACAGCAAAACCUGGGGGAACGCCGACAGUCCAGCAACGGAACAUUGAUACUGACUACAACAAGCAGCAGUGACAAUGGAGAGUACAAGUGCGAGGCCAGCAACGGAAUCGGACGGUCUCUUCAAAAGACAGUCACCGUAACAGUCAAGCUGCCGCCCAGGAUUACCCCGUUCAGUUUCGCUACCAAACUAGUGGCCGGCCAAAGGGCAACCGUGACAUGCUCCACUUACGAGGGCGCCCAACCACUCACGUUUGUGUGGCUCAAAGAUGGAUCUGUCAUCUCCAAGGGCGAGAACGUAGAAAAAAGCGAAGGAGAGGCUCACUCAACCCUGAGCAUAAGUCCCCUGUCACUGCGAAACAGCGGUAACUACACCUGUGUGGUCAGCAACGCAGCAGGCUCAGACUCCGCCUCCAGUCCGCUCAUAGUUUACGCACCACCGCGAUGGACACAAACUCCGAAAGACACAGUGGCAAGCGUCGGGGACAGCGUCAGCAUAGCCUGCGCGGCUGCUGGUCACCCGGCUCCGACGAUCACGUGGUCCAAGGAUGGUGGCGAGACAACCGAGAGUUCCGGAGGCGGCGUCAUCCAGAUUGCGUCAGCCGCCAAGAAGGAUGAAGGCCACUACAAGUGCCACAUCUCGAACGGCAUAGGAGCUGACCUCUACAAAACCGUCACGCUGGCAGUGAAGUUGUCUACAAAGAUAUCUCCCUUCAUAUUCUCCAAGAAUCUGUUGGUUGACGAACGGACGAGCGUCAUGUGCGCAACGACGUCCGGGGACCAGCCGUUCAGGUUUUCUUGGCUGAAGGAUGGAAGGCCGUUGCAGCAAAGCACGAAGAUCAACAUAGCGAGCAGCCCGCAGUUCUCGGCGCUGACCAUUGAGAAGCUGGACCUUAGGGACGCGGGAAAUUAUACCUGUUCUGUCAGCAACGCCCAUGGAACUGUAUCCUACACGGACACGUUGGAAGUAAAAGCCCCACCGACAUGGAAGGCGGAGCCCGUCGAUAUCCACGUCAGGUCUGGUGAAUCUGUGGAGAUUCCGUGCAAGGCUGAAGGAUUUCCUGCACCCACUGCAACAUGGCUGAGGAACGCGGCAGCUCCAAAAAUCCUUCCUUUUGCGUUUCCGCGCGCACUGACCGUCGGAGAAACGACCAGUGUGACAUGCACGACUACCGCCGGUGAUGAGCCAUUCAAGUACCUUUGGCUCAAAGAUGGCUCGGUGGUGCAGCCCGGAGAUAACGUCAAGGUUGUGACAUCCCCCGAGUUUUCGGUGUUUAAGAUCGACAAGCUGACGCUAGAGAACGCCGGUAACUACACCUGCGUGGUAACCAACGCCGGAGGAACAGUGUCCCACGCCAGCACCUUGGAGAUUAGAGUGCCUCCAUCCAUACCGCCUUUUCAAUUCCCGAAGAACCUCGAAGUGCAGCAACGCAUAAGCGUCAUUUGCACAAUAUCAGUCGGAGAAAAGCCACUGCAAUUCGCCUGGCUCAAGGACGGCUCUGCACUGGCCAGUGGCUCGAGGAACGUCCGCAUUGUAGACAACGCCGAGUCUUCUACAUUGCACAUCGAUCUGCUGACACUGGAAAGUGCUGGGAAUUACACCUGCUCGGUGACCAACAAGGCCGGCCACACGUCUUACACGGCUCUACUCGUAGUUCACGAGAAGCCGAAGCUACAACCUCUGGUGUUCCCACGCAGCCGGAUUCGUGUGGGCGAAAGUGCCAGUGCGUUGUGUGCUUUGGUGGCCGGCGACCACGACGUGAAAUUCAGGUGGUUUAAGGAAAACGUCGAGAUAGGUGGUGCCGUGCCUAACGUGAAAGUGAAGAAUGACAAGAAGGUGUCCGUGCUAACCGUCGAGCCCGCCACCAUCCAAAGUGCCGGCAACUACACCUGCACGGCGGAGAACAAUUAUGGCACCGAUGCCAACUCUGCGACGUUAGUCGUCGAAGCUCCACCAGUGUGGAUAAAUGAACCCCGAGACGUGUCUGCCAUAAGUGGCUCGAACGUCACCGUGCAGUGCACGGCCAGUGGAUCACCGCCUCCAAAAAUAACGUGGACAAGAACCAAAGAGCCGCCAAAGAUGAAUCCUUUCUCGUUCACCAAGACGCUUUCCGAAGGACAGAGCACAGCGGUUACAUGUACCGUCACGGAGGGCUCCAAGCCCGUGCAGCUUCAGUGGCUCAAAGACGGACACGAAGUCGUCAGUAGCGGUGCUGUGAAAUUGAUCAAGCACGAAACGAUAGUGGUGCUCUCCUUUGAGCCAGUCAAAGUCGCCGAUUCCGGAAACUACACCUGUGUGGCUCGGAACAAAUACGGAUACGACCGCUACACGUCAGUGCUGCAAGUCAAUGCGCCACCCAAAUGGGAUGUGGAACCACAGGAUGUAGUGCUCAAACGGGGAGAGACGUUGGAGCUUCACUGCAAAGCUGUGGGCUACCCAGCACCUGAAAUAAGGUGGCUGAAAGAAGGUACAGAGUUGAAGAGGCCUUCAGAGAACAGAGCCCAAGUCCUGCAGAACGGAACGCUGGUCAUCAGCAACGCAACGAGCCAAGACAGCGGCAAAUACUCUUGCCUGGCAUCCAACGGAAUCGGUGCUGCCUUGACGAAAACAGUGUCCUUGCUCGUCAAGAAAGCGCCAAAGAUCCAGCCAUUCCAAUUACCUGCCCGUGUGAAAGCCGGUGACAAAGUGAUCGCCACGUGCAAUCUUGCGUCGGGAACACCACCUGUCACCUUUUCAUGGCAUAAGGAUGGCAGCGAUGUCACAAGUUUCUCUAAGGAUAUCAGCUACGGCAGCAACAUUGUGUCCGCCUUGGCUAUUCCUUCGGUGUCGCUGGACUCGCAGGGUAACUACACCUGCACGGCAACAAACACCUACGGCAGCGACUCUCAUACAGUUCAGCUCAAGGCGGACAAUAAAAACUCACUCGAGACGUGGAAGCAGCCUGUCGUCUCCCUCUUUCCGCUCACAGAAGCUCAUCGAGGAAAAUACACGUGCGAUGCAAAUAACGACAUCGGAGGGCGGCUUACCAAAACUAUUUCGGUAUCCGUCAGAGAACCGCCAGUCAUUCAGCCAUUAGUGCUCCCCUCCGACGUUGUGACUGGCGUCAGCACCAAACUCUUCUGCAACGUGCAAAGCGGAACGCGGCCGCUGGCAUUUUCUUGGAUUAAAGACGGUGCUCCCGUACGAGAAGGAAUAUCGUCGCAGGACGAUUUCUCGGCACUGAGCAUAGACCCAGUGACAGCUGCCAGCGCAGGAAAUUACAGCUGCGUGGUGAGCAACGCAGCGGGUACAGACCGAUACACAUCAACGCUGGAAGUGAAGCAGCCUCCACAAUGGAUCGACGAACCCCGCGACGUUUCCACUGCCGAAGGUGCCCAGGUGCAGGUUAGGUGCUCUGCGGCGGGGCGCCCACAGCCCGCCGUUACGUGGAGCCGAUGUGUCUCCGGAGGCAAGCGCAGCCUGGUCUGCGGUGACUCCGAGACACCGGUGCCCGUCAGGACCAGCAACGGGAGCGUCACGUUCGUGCACAUUACGAAAAAGGACGAGGGGAGGUACGCCUGUUUUGUGGACAACGGCGUCGGAAAGCCGCUUAGGAAAGUGAUCCGCGUGGCCGUCAACGUGCCGGCCAAGUUCACCGAGAAGCACAGCGUGGUCACCGCUCGGCGGGGCGAGAACGCGCGGCUGGUGUGCGACGCCCAGGGAGACCAGCCGCUCACCGUCGCCUGGUCCAAGGGCGUCCAGAAAAUCGACCGAGGGGGAAACUCACGGCUGGAGAUAUUCGAGACCAUGACGGACAGCGGCCUGCGCUCGGAGCUCUUCAUUUCCAGCACGGAGCGCAGCGACGGCGCAGUCUACACCUGCCGCGCCGAGAACGAGUUCGGCCACGACGAGCGCACCAGCAAGUUGUUGGUCGUCGAGGUUCCCGGUCAGCCACAAGAUGUCAAGGUCUCCGAAACGUGGAGCCGCUCGGCGAGCGUGAGCUGGUCUCCGCCGUACAGCGGCAACAGCCCGGUCGCCAAAUACGUCAUACAGUACUGGAAGGACUCCGGUACAGCGCACAGGCUCCAAGAAGUGGCAGUGCCUGGAUCGCAGACGUCAGCCCUGGUCGGCGACCUGCACCCCGGUUCCACCUAUCACCUCAGCAUCCUUGCCGAAAACUCGGUCGGCGUCGGUCUCGCCUCUACGCCUGUCAAGCUGCACACGGGCGAGGAAGAGCCAAGCGCAGCACCAACUGACUUCCACGUCGAGGCCAGGGGGCCGAGCACCGUGCGUGUUUCAUGGAAGCCUCCUCCGCCGGACGAAUGGAACGGCGAUCUGCUUGGCUACUACAUCGGCUACAAGCCGACGUCGUCGGGCCAGCCAUACUCGUACCGCACCAGCGAGUUCCGGCCGAACGCCAGCCAUGAGUUCUUCCUCACCGGCCUCCAACGUGGGACGGAGUACGCGGUCAUCGUGAAGGCCUACAACGCCGCCGGCUCUGGGGUCGCCUCGCACGAGCUGCACGUCAAGACACUUGACGGGGAUGUGCCGCCGCCUCCGAAGGUGUUCGUCUCCGGCACGACGCAUUCGUCCAUCACUGUCACCUGGCACCAGCAGUUCGCCAGCGGAGUGAGAGGUUAUGUGCUGUACCAUCGGCCAGAAGAGAGCACCCAAGACUGGAAAGAGGUGAACCUUGACUCACGAUCGUCCUCGUACACCGUGUCUGGCCUCGAGUCCGGCGUCCUCUACCAGAUGUACGUCAGCUCCACCAACGAGUACGGCACGGGCGAUCCCAGCGAGAUCAUCACCGUCAGGACGCACAAGGCCGGUGGCGUGAUGCAGUCCCCGAUCUUCGGAGACGCCAGCACCCCGCUCUACCUGAACCUGUUCAUCAUGAUCCCCGUGCUGGCGAGCUUGGUGACCAUCGUGCUCGUGGUCAUCGUGACGUGCGUGUGCCUCCAGCGAAUCAAACGCCGACCUCCGCAACCGCCGCUCCAGCCUCCACCGGGCACCAUGGAGAGGCGGAGCAAGCAAUUCGCCGCCGGCUUCGACGGACAGCCGCAGAUGACAUCGACGAGCGCGCGGCACGCCGAGAAGGCACAGCAGGCGGCCGGCGAAUACACGGGCCUCUCGCAGCGCUACGUGGAGGUGCAGCCACCGCCGCUGCCUGCUGACCACCCGUGCGCGCUGUACCCAGCGCCCUGCGCCACGCUGCCCAUGACCGAAGAGCUCGAGGCCAAGAUGGCCAGGCACAACGUCAACCAGGAGAUGAAGACGUUCCUCGCACAGAACCGGGAGCUACCAACGCUUCCCAUGGGUGCCAAGUCCUGCAUGUCCAUCAAGAAGGACCACAUGUACGAGAGCGCCCAGUGAUGCCACGCCGCGUGAACUACGCACGGAUCCCACCGUAGAGGUGGAGUAGGCAUCGGGCGCCCUCGAACCAUCGUCGCACUCGUUUCUCUCACGUUUCACCACAUCCGCUAAAAACCACAGAGCACACAUCCGGACCCCGCUGUUCCCAACCCUCGGCGUUCGCGAGCAAGUUACGCUCACUGUGAGCGUGCCUAGCGUACCACGAUGCAGUGCUCUCUGUCCUGUUACGCGAGUGCAACGUGCAUAGCGGAUGUCGCGCAUGCGCAAACCUGGAAAGCUCGUGAGCUGCUGGCUCCUCAUCAAACUAGUCACGGCAAUCCCAGCUGCUCACCCCAUGAGCUCGCAAGCGGGCAAGUUGACACCUUGCGAGUUCAUCACCGCGGGCAAUGUGUUCUCUCAGUGAGUCAGUGAGGUACCCUACGGGGAGCGCGGUGGAGCAGCACAGAAUCCUUUUUUUGCAACAAUAACGCAAUGAGAUAACGUGUGUGAGAGCUGCAACUUUUGAUCUGGCCUCCCGUUAAACCAAUGAUAUGUCCCACGAUGCUUGUAGCUCAUGUACCGCUUGUGCGACGUUGCUAGCUGCAGUCGCCAGUGCUUUCCGUCGUUAAUUUGAAAUUUCCUGACAGACCAACUUCCUCAGUUCGUUGAAGUUUGCCUACUCUGUGAUUCAGUGCGACCGUAACAGUGUUACAGAUGCCGUGCGGUCGCCCCUGGUGUGAAGCGAUCGCAACGAUUGUGUUCAAUUGUCAGCGGUGGCUUGCUCUACGGAAACGAUAGUACGUUCUUGUGGAGAGCUACAGUGAGAUUUGAGUUUAUAGAUCCACGAGCGAACAGUGUAUGGUCGUUACAACAGUGGCCGCACUCUUACUCGUUCCCUUACGGGAAUGCUUUCAUUUCUGCGUGACGUAACGUCCAAAGAGACGCCUCGCUGGAACGACGGAAACCUGUCAACGCACUCGUAAACUGUGCACUAAGAAAAUAACGCUGGUGGAAGGUGCGUGCCUGCAUUCGUCACGAUCUCUUACGUUAGCUUCGCAAAUCAACGUGCAAUGAAAACAAUAUCCCCGAAAGUGGUCGAUGGGAAAUACGGUCCCAGGUUGCUGAAUACGCAUACUGUUAGAGAGGUACGAGGCCGGAUAUGACACGUCGCUUGACGCCAUCGCAGAGACAGCCGAUCGUGACUCUACAAGCCCGUGACCAUAAUGCAGCCGAGAUUACCAUUUGAAUCUGCGUGCAUACGUACAGGCAGCGCUUGCGAAACGCUUGAGGAACCCACCAAUUUUGUUUGAGAAACAUUUCUUUUUUAACCUUCGCACGCCACGCUCCGUUUAUGCUCAAGCCUGUUCAGAAUGGUGCGUGAGGAAAUACGUAUGAGAAACGGUAGCUAGGCGCUCACCUGAAAAGGUGACUUGGCGUUGUACAUAUGUAUUUAUGAUUUGCUGCUGCGAAAUUACAUUCGAUGGUUUCCACACCCGUUUAUGCUGAGCAUUCACUUUUGAAGGUGCGUUAACUUGCCGCGCUUACGUCGCAUCACAACAUUGGUGUUGCCGCAUCGUUGCUGCAGUCGCGGCUGCAAGCCAGCGCGACACUUAGUUACGACUUAACGGCUGCCCCGACAUACUUUCGUUUUCCAUAAACGUCAAUUACCAUGCCUAUAAAAUCUCUUCCUCCUUCACACGAACCUAAAGUGUCCCACGUCAUACCCUAUAUAAUAUCUUUAUCUUCAUUCGAGCGCCGUUGGCGCAAAGCCCUAUCUGAUACGCGACACGACAACCGGCAUCAAGAAAUAGCGUCACGCGGCGCGGAUGACACUUCGUCCAUAUGCCAAACGUGCCGGACGUGGUGCUGUAAGGGCGCCGCCUAACGCCUGUAGCGCCGCCUAACGCGAGCAGCGGCCAGCAGCAGCAAGACAGGAACUGAAGUGGCGCUAAGGUUAAUCUAUAUAGGGUAUUGCCAGUUGCCAAACAAGUGUAGGCAGGAGUGAGGUGGUGCGUGGUAGGACAAUUCCUAGUAGAAAAAAAACAGACGUUACAGGGUUGACCCAGCGUCUUGCGUGUCGUGCCAUACAAAUUGUGCUGUGACAUUGCGCUGUUGUCGUGGAAACUGGUUCAGUCUCACUCGUGGACUCUGUACUCGUAGAUGGAAUCCUCGCGUCAACGCAUCGUUUGAAUUAUUUUCUUCGCGCAUUCUCUGCGGAAAGCGCUCACAAUCAGUUCCGCAGCCAACACAGCGCAGUGAAAGCGCACUAAGGUGUCGAGCAUCAAAAGUAGUUCCACAAGAAACUUAUUGCUCUUAAUUUAGUUGCACAAUGUUAGCUUUUGUUUGAUGCUUAGCAGGUUGACGUAAACAGGGUAGCAAAGUUUACCUUGCACUUUGUGGUACUAUGGGUCACAAACAAUUUGCGAAGCAGCGCUUGAGGCAAGCUCAUACAGCACCGCGAGAGCGCAGUCAAAGACCAUCUUUGUUUUGGUACGGCUGAACCCACCUGUACGUUCGCUUUCGAUCAGAGCACUGCACCAAAACAACAUGAAGCGACACCGUCGGAGCUCUCGCACAUAAUUUUGAGUCUGAAGCAGGAAGAUUGUCCGCUGAUAAAGCCUUUCGUUGCAAGUCAAUAUUUCCUCUCUUUCUUUUUCUUUUUCCGAGCAACGUCUGUAGUACGCGACAGGGUUUCUGAAACCACAAACAUACGCCGUGAGCAUCUUCUAUUUAGACAAUAUUUCGACGUAGCAAACGAGGUCACAGGAACAUUGGUGUUAUCUCCCACCAGUAGCAGCGCCGUUAAAAAAAUGUGUCCUUUUGCUUUCGUGCAGUUGUUUGUUGUAAAUACUAGGUUUCAGGUUUCGAUUGUAUGUCUUGUGGUGUUCGUCACUUAAGCGUAAUGAAUGCUGAGAUGCCAUGCAACCCCCCUUUUUUUUUCUUUUUUUUUUGGGGGGGGGGGGAGUGGGGGCAAGGAAUGUAGAGAUAAUUUAUAUUUAUUGCGGCUGCUGGUAACACUGUUGGACAGCUUCUGCAUAAACUGAAUACUUGCGAAACGACCUGGUCAACGAGAACGCACGGUCUCUUCCGUGCCAUCACAUUGAUAAGCUCGCUCAACCCCAAGGUUUGUUUUUACAAACGAACUGAAAGCUUUCGAACAUGUAUAGUCUUCUCGCUAAAAUGUUAGAUUUUAGUUUAGCUCAAAGCUAAAGCUGGAAAACGUAUAAUUUCUUCUAUCCUUAUCUCCCCCAGCAGACUUUCAUAGUUUCGCGAGUUAUUCCGCAGAACUGUCCUGCAGUGUAGAGGAGUUGCUACAGGCUUCAUGUACAGUGUAUAUUUCGUUUCACAUUCUUUCUGUGUGCAGGCAUACUUCUCAAGCUGCUUCAUAUGUCGUCUGUGGGUGUGAUGUGAAAAAAAAAGAAAAAAAAUAACACUACUGUUGUCACACUGUUUUGUCUUGUGGCUGAAUCAAUGCGUGCGUCUCGAAUGAGCCGUUCUUUUGUAAAAUUGCAUUACAUACCUUGUCACAAUUUGUAAAUAAUGAAAAUAAAGAAAAGAUCACCGUUUCGGUUGUCCUUCAAACCAUCAAA